CGGCGAAGCGACCUUUGGCGGGUGCCACGCGCAUGGCCAAGCUGGUGCUGGCGGGUAAGGCAAACUGCCCUAACUAUGCCGAAGCUGAACUCCUGGCUGACUAUCUCCAGGCUAACCUGCCAGACUUCAGGGUUCACAAGAUCACCCAGCACCCUGACAAAUGGGAGCAGUGGCUUCAUGACAUUUGUGAAAUGAAUGGAUGGGAACACAGACAGUCCCCUAUCAUUUGGAGAGAACUCUUGGACCAUGGAGGGAAGGGUCUGCUUCUGGGAGGUGUUAAUGAUUUUCUGGAAUAUGCACAGCGCUAUUAUGGCAUCACCUCAACGAUGUUGAGAGAGGAAAUGCUAGACAUUGCUGAGGAGAACCUGCAGGCACAUAUGGAAAUUGAAAAAGAGGAGGAAGAGAUUAAAAGUCUUAUCAAGCCUUUGCAGAUCUGGAUCACCAGAGCAUCAGCUUCAAUCUGUUAUCAGCUGAUCCCUCUGUUGGCCAGUGGAGAAGUGUUUGGCAUGACCACAGAAAUCAGUAUCCAUUUGCUUGACAGCGACCAGUUUAAGGAUGUUCUUUGUGGUAUUGUAAUGGAAGCUGAAGACAUGGCGUUCCCACUCCUCUGCAGUAUCUCAGAGCACACUGAAAUAGAUGAGGCUUUUGUUCAAGCCGAUAUUAUCAUUGUUCUUGAUGAUGUCCUCUUAAACCAUGAAGUUCAAUCCCUUGAAAACUGCAUCAGAGAAGUGAGUGAGAUCUGUCAAGUGUAUGCUCCACUGAUUGAGAAGAAUGCCAAGAGUGGGGUCAGAGUAAUUUCAUCAGGAAAAACCUUUGUAAACCUUAAGGCGAUGAUGAUUAUGACAUAUGGCAAGUCCAUUAAGCCUGAAAAUGUCAUUGCCAUUGCAACACCCUGGGAAAGUGCAGCUAAAGCCAUGCUGGCCAGGAAGCUGAAUAUGAAUGCAGCAGGAGUUAAAGACGUGAUUGUUUGGGGCAAUAUUACUGGCUGUAACUACAUUGAUUUGUCACAUGCAAAACUUUAUGGAUACGACUGCGCUAUUUGGGGCCCAGCUAAUUUUCCACGUCCUUUGUUGAAUAUGAUUUAUGAUAGUGAAUGGAUCCAUUCAGAAUUUCUGUCUGCCCAGAGUUCACUGAGUUCCCGGGUCUGUCAUUGUGUAGGAAUGUUACCUGCUCAUGCAGUAGCCACUGUAUUGAGAUACUGGUAUCAUGACUCUCCUCCUGGGGAGAUCAUUUCUGUGGGAAUACUUACUAAAGGUCAAUUUUGCGUUCCUGAAGGGAUUGUCUUCUCUAUGCCAGUGAGGUUCCAGAAUGGUACCUGGGAAGUCAUGACAGAAUUAGAAAUUAAUGAAAUGACCCAAGAAGUUCUGGGACACUUAGCCCAUGAGCUGAUCCAGGAAAAGCUCAUUGCACUAAAGGAAACAAAAGAAAUGCAUCCAUAUGGAGCUGAUAAAAACACUAGCAAAACAUAUUUGCAUCAAGAGAUGGAAACCCUGCCUACUGACUCACUUUAGCCAGAGUUGUCUGGAGGAGAAAAUGCUGAAAAUUCCCAUACUAAACCAAUGUUUCCAUUGCUCAAAAGAACAAACUACAAAGAAAGGCUAAACAUUGUCAUAGCUUUUACAGUAUCAUCCUCAUCAAAAACCUGGAAAUCUAUAGGCAGAAAAUAUUUCAAAAACAGUGUGACUAUAACAUUCUUAACCUGGAGUCCAAAGCAAAAUUCCUACUGAUUUAAUAAAUCCAGGAUUUCAUUUACAUCCAAGAAAUCAUUUCUUCAGACCUAUAAACUGUUUCAAAAAUAUCUUUUAAUGUCUAAAAUGUUCAUAUUAAGGCAAUUUUGAGCAAGAAUGUCACACAUAGAGUAGCCAUUUUAUAACUCCAAGUUCUUGUUUCAAAUGUAAUGAAACACAGUACUUGUGUAAGAAUGUAUAUUCUCAGGCAAAACUGAUUUUUAACACAAAUUUUACUGCAUGCAUCUCCUUAGUGACAAGAUCAGUUAUGUCUCCAUGUUUUUUGUUUAUUUCGUGAGUUUCAUAUGGACUACUCAUAUAUUUUAAGUCAAACAUGCAAUUAAAUAAGUCCUUGUCUAAACAGGGUUGUUGAGGAACCA